UCCAUGCUCUUCACGCAUGAAUGAUCGUGCCACCAUCACUUACAGAGAAACAUGGCCACUGAGAACAUAUUGAAUCGGGUCGGGUUAAUAAUAUCCAGUACCCAUUUCAUUCGGGCUUUCCUUUCCGAAGCCUCCACCGACACCACUCUCUCCGCCGAACUCCGACAAAAGUGCUCCGAUCUGAUCGCCCAAUCCAACGUACCGUAUGAGCCACUUCGUGCUAUCUGGAUCGCCUCUGAUCCAUCCACUAGACCCGAAUUGACCCAACUCUUAUGGGGUACCAGCUUCAUCUUCUCCAGCCCUAAACCCAGAGAAAAGAGUGAAGAAUUGAAGGCAAGGUUAAAAAAGUUGGAAGAUAUAGCGGAGAGGAAAGCAUAUCAGGAGCUUGUGAAGGAUAUUGCACCAAAGGAAGAUGUUACAGAACCAUUCUCUUCUUACAAGGAUCAAUUAGGAUUUGGUUUGCAUGUUUUGGUGACAAUGUUUACUGGCUAUCUUGUUGGAUAUGCAGCAUUUAGAGCUUUGUUUGAUCACAGUCCUGCCAUGAAUGCAGCUGGAGGAAUUCUUGGGUUGGUGGGUGCCAUGCUUGUUGAGACUUUCCUUUUCAUUAUUAGAAAUUCCGAUCUAGAUAGCAACAAAACAAAGAGAUCAAAUCAAAAACCGAGAUCAUCAUUUUCCACAUCCAGUCUCAAGAAAAACCUGUAGACAUGAUCAAAGGUGGCUGUUUUUCAGUUAUGCAUAUAGUACCAAUAAUACAAAAUUAUAUAGUGUAGUCCAUUGUAAUUGUAAACACUGUUCUCAGUUAUAGAUAACUUAGAAGUGGCUGUUGCACGAUUUAUCAAUUCUUUUUUAACUGAGCUGAAUGUUUCAUCAAAUAUGACUUCAUGAUGUGCAUCUUUUAGUUCUUAUAAGCAAUGAAAUAGAUACAUAUGGACCUGAAGCAUGCACUGAUUCCUGUUGUUUUAUUCA